AUGUCAUCCAUAAAAAAGCGACCGCUCUCGCUGGACCGUGCUGUUACUCCUCCCCCAAGCAAGAAGAUCCACAUGGCAAGCAACUCCGCGCACGUGGCCUCGGCGAUCAAUCCCCCAUUGAUCAAGAUCGUCAGUUGGAACGUCAACGGUGUAAAUGCUUUUCUCCAGAAGAAGAUCUCAUUCUCGCACAGUCCCGCCUCUUCGCUACGGCAAGCCCUUCGGACUCUCGGCUGGCCCCAUUUCCUAUGCUUGCAAGAAGUGAAAAUUGCUCCGUCCGACCUGGCCACGCAGAAUGGGCUACGGCAGGCCGCCAACGAGAAAGCGUUGCCCGAGGAGCCCACGUACGAAAUUGUCUACUCUCUACCGCGAGAUAGGUACAAUGCAACGGGUUUUGGCGGCAAAGUACAUGGUGUGGCUACCCUGAUCCGGAAAGAUUUCUAUGCUUCUAUCACGUCGACGAGGAUCCCAGAAUGGGACCGGGAGGGCCGAAUUCUACUCCACGAAUUCCAAAACCUAGUCCUCAUCAACGGCUAUUGGAUCAACGGCACCGCUAAUUCUUACCGUAGUCCACACACGGGCGAACCGGAUGGAGAUCGCCACAGCCUCAAACUUCGCUAUCACAGAAAGAUCCUCAACCAAGUGCUACAAUAUGAAAGAGCUGGUAAACUUGUGGUGCUUGUCGGAGAUAUGAAUGUGGCUAGAGCGCACAUCGAUGGCUACCCCAACCUUCGCGAGUACCCUUCUCAGCAUGUCCUCAAUCGAAGAGAUUUCAAUGAGAAGUUUUUCGGACCUGAAGGGAUGAAUGGCGUUGAUGUCUUUCGCUACUUCCAUGGCAGCCAAAGGAAGUACACUUGGCACCAUGCAAGCUCGCCGCAUGGCACAAAAUGUGACCGAGUCGACCUCAUCAUAGCCAGUAAGGCAUUGGUCGAGGACUGGGCGGCUGUUAUCGAUUCCGACAUCUGUGAUGACGCCCAAGCAAAACAGCACAGUGACCAUGUCCCGUUGUGGCUGACUCUGGAUCUUUCCAAAUGCCCACUCUUCGAGGUCAGAGAAAUCCUAAAGGCAUCAUGA